AUCGCUCGAUCCCUCCACUCCAUCUGCACAUCCCGACGCAACCAUGAAGAUUCUCGCUAUCCUUUACGAUGGUGGUGUGGCAGCUCAAGAAGAGUCUCGCCUGCUCGGCACGGUAGAGAACCAGCUCGGUAUCCGCGAGUACCUCGAAUCCAAAGGCCACGAGUACAUUGUGUCUAGCUCAAAGGAAGGUGCAGACAGCGAUUUCCAAAAGCAUAUUGUCGAUGCGGAGAUCCUGAUCACAACCCCCUUCCAUCCGGGAUACCUCACCCGAGAAUUGAUCGAGAAGGCCAAGAACCUCAAGCUUUGUGUCACUGCCGGUGUCGGCUCCGACCAUAUCGACCUCAAUGCUGCCGUCGAUCAUCACAUUCAGGUUCUGGAGGUCUCUGGGUCAAACGUCGUGUCAGUCGCAGAACACGUUGUGAUGUCCAUCCUCCUGCUUGUCCGCAAUUUUGUGCCCGCUCAUGAGAUGAUUGAGCGCGGGGACUGGCAAGUCUCUGACAUUGCACGCAACGCCUUCGAUCUGGAGGGUAAGGUCGUUGGAACUAUUGGUGCUGGUCGCAUUGGAUACCGUGUCCUCCAGCGUCUCAAACCAUUUGAUUGCAAGGAGCUCCUUUACUUCGAUUACGCUCCCUUGCCGGCCGAGGCUGCCAAGGCCGUAGGCACUCGCCGGGUAGAAGAUCUCAAGGAAUUUGUGUCGCAAUGUGACGUGGUCGCCGUGAACUGCCCACUUCACGAAGGCACUCGUGGACUCGUGAACAAGGAGCUCCUAUCACAUUUCAAGAAGGGCGCUUGGCUCGUGAACACUGCCCGUGGAGCGAUCUGCGACAGGGAUGCCGUCGCAGAGGCGCUCAAGAGCGGACAGCUGUCUGGAUACUCUGGUGACGUCUGGAAUGUCCAACCUGCCCCCAAGGAUCACCCAUGGCGGUACAUGAAGAACCCCAUCGGUGGUGGCAACGGCAUGGUUCCUCACUACUCUGGCACUACUCUCGACGCGCAGGCGCGCUACGCUCAGGGAACGAAGAACAUCAUCAACAACUACCUUUCUGGUUCUCCUCAGGAACCGCAGAACAUCAUCGUCGGUGUGCGUGGCUACGAGACGAAGGCUUACGGCCAACGUUGAGGGGUGGGGAUGUGAAGUUUCAAUAUGUGUUCACUUAUGCAAGGAAGUUGUAGGAUAAGGCAUGCAGUCAUGACGUCUUGUUGCAAAUAGACGUAGGAUGAGUAUCGUAAUUUGAUGUAUUCCAAGGAAAGAAUUUCGUCGGCAUUUCGUUUCGUUCAUUUGCGCCCGGCUCAACUCUC